UCUUUCUUUGAUUCAUACUUUGUGGUGUGCUUUUACUGAUGGGGUGCUGAACUGCUGUUGAUAGGAAGUGGUUUUGCUCAGUUUUUUUCCUUGCUUGCUUUGUGCUGCCUUAGAUGAAACAAGAUUUGUAGCCUUCAGAAGGGGGCCAUUUCACAUUUCCCGCUUUCUUUUUAAAAGCUGAAACUGGAUGUUGAUGUGAGAGAUGAGAAAAACUGUGCACAACAGAAUAUAGGAUAACCGUUUAUGAAGGCCUGAAUGUAACUUCCACCACUGGACCUUCUGGCACAAUUGGUGAAGGCCAAAUAAGUCUCUUUCAGCCUUUGAGCAAACUUAAGACGUCUGUCUCAGAUACUGACAUAUUAAUCAUGCAGCAGUUAGCAGCUUCUGAUACCAGCAUAGGAAAGCUACGUCCUUCCCAUGAAAGCACAGGUGCUGUUCAGAUGAGGAUCAAAAGUCCCAGCAACACCCAUGACAGAUCCAGCCAAAGCAAAUCUAUGAUACUCUCUGAGAAUCUGAAAGUCAUUGAGCCUCUGUCUCGUCAUAGAAGGAAUCAUUCCCAACACAAUAUACCAUAUUCUGACUGCAUUGGCCCAUUGGAACAAAUGAUAAUCAAAGAAGGCUACCUUCUAAAAGCUAAAAUUGCAGAUGAAGGCAAGAAGCUAAGGAAAAACUGGACUUCUUCUUGGCUUGUUCUCACUGGUCGGAAAAUAGAAUUUCAUAAAGAAUCUAAACAGCCAGCUGUGGCCAAUCUGAAAGGAUCCAAACCGGAAUGGCUGGACUUGUGUGGAGCACAUAUUGAAUGGACUAAGGAAAAGUCUAGCAAAAAGAAUGUCUUCCAGGUCACAACAGUUUCAGGAAAUGAGGUCCUUCUUCAAUCAGAUAUUGACUUCAUCGUAUUGGACUGGUUCCAUGCUAUCAAAAAUGCAAUUGACAGAUUGCCUAAAGAGAAGAGUUACAUACCAAAGAAAAAUGAGCUCAAAAUUCAAAGAUCUUCUAGUUCCGAAUUGCUGGGUUUUCAUGCUGAUAGUAAGGACCCAAAAACAGGAAAUAGAAAGUCUUUAAUUUUCAGGCUGAACUACAGCAAAUCUGAUACAAAUGACAGAAGCCAAGUUAAAAGCAGAUUAAAGAAGUUUAUCACUCGAAGACCUUCUCUGAAAACUUUGCAAGAAAAAGGAAUCAUUAAAGAUCAAAUUUUUGGGGCUUAUCUGCACAAUGUGUGUGAACAUGAUGGCUCUACUGUCCCUCACUUUGUUAAAAUGUGCAUAAAAGCCGUUGAGGAACGAGGUCUGGAUGUUGAUGGAAUAUACAGAGUCAGCGGCAAUCUGGCAACGAUACAGAAGUUACGAUUUGUUGUCAAUCAGGAAGAGAAGCUGAAUUUGGACGACAGCCAGUGGGAGGACAUCCACGUUGUCACCGGAGCACUCAAGAUGUUUUUCAGAGAGCUGCCUGAGCCACUGUUCCCAUACUGCUUCUUUGAACAGUUUGUGAAGGCAAUAAAAAUCCAAGAACAUGACAGCCAGGUGAAAGCCAUAAAGGACCUUGUACAGAGAUUGCCCAGGCCAAACUACGACACCAUGAAGAUAUUGUUUGCACAUCUGCAGAAGAUAGCAGCCAAGGAGAACAUGAAUCUUAUGUCACCCCAGAGUUUAGGAAUUGUUUUUGGACCAACUCUCCUUCGACCUGAAAAAGAGACAGGAUCCAUGGCAAUUCACAUGCUGUAUCAAAACCAGUUGAUUGAGCUGAUGCUAAGUGAAUAUACCAAGAUCUUCAGCUCUGACUGACAGACAGAGAAUGUUGCUGAAUAUGUUCACAUCUGUCUUGAUACCUAAUAUUUUUACAUUUCUGUAAACAUCUUUCUGAAAUAUUUCUUUUUCUUUCUAGUGACAGAUGCCUCAUUUUGUGAAAACUUAGUGAUGAUUUUGUCUUUACAUUUCCAAACAUUGGAAUAAAAAUAUUUUAUUUGCUUAUAUGUACUCAGGAUUAACCCUUUGCACAACUCAGUCUUUGCCAGUACAUCUCCAGCAUUUCGCCUUUGUGCAUGUCUUUAUUUACAGCCAAGAAUUGACUAUACAACUGGGUCUGGCAGGUCAGAUAGUUGGAAGUCUUGACCUCAAGAUGCUAUUGAUAAAUAUCAGGUCCAUUUGUAACCAAAUACUGGUUGUGGAUGAGCAAGCAGACCUGGCAUGUAUUAUCAAAACUUGGUUGGGCAAGGGUGGGAACACUGUCCUCUCUGAGAUAUUCUAUCCCAGGUUUUGUAUCCCUCAGCAGCCCUGACUUCAAGGUAGAGGAGGCAUGGUGGUGAUGAUUCUUUGGUACACUUUAGCAGCGGUUGGGAGCUGUGAUCUACACAAUGUGAAUGCCUGUAUUUGAAGUUGGACUGUAGGAGCAAGCUAGGGAGUCUGCCUAGCAGAAUUCCUUUGUGAUCUCCUGGACUUCAUUGAUAAGUUGAUAUUGGCUAUUAGUGCUUGAGGACUUAAAUCUCCUGAGGAGAUCCGAGAAGAGUCAGGAAUUUAUUGUCCCAGAGAUGACCAGAGCAUUAGAUGUGAUACACGAUUGUCCCAAGUGGUCUUUUCCUAUCUACUGAUCCUGAGGUGGUUUUUAACUGAGGAGCUCCAAGAAAUGAAAUGAGAGAAGAGAUGCUCAGAGCACUAAUGAAGGAAGACUAGAAGUGAACUUAACCAAACAUCUGUAAGAGCUAACAAUUUUGCUUACACCAGGGCAGUAAGAAGUAUCAAUACUCUACCCUAGUAGCAUCAGUAGUUUCAUCCCCAGCAGCUUUCUCUGGAGUACACCACUCCAUUUAGGGGGAAUGAUUACCAGGAUGAUCUAUCUAUAGGCUAGAUUAAGACUGAAAUUAAUUCCUGAACUUCAAUGCUUUAAGUACAACUCUGUAUUAAUUGCCAAAGUAUUCAUACAUUGCCCAUUUUAAAUUGCCAUCACUUCAUAAAGUUUUGUUGUUUCCCAGCU